AUGGCCCUAACCGAAGACCAAAUCAACUUAAUUGAAAAGCAUCCGCUUGGCGAGUCAUUGAACCGGAUUCGCAUUGAACUGCGCGAUUGCACUGAUGAGCUGCAAGUUGCAGCAGUAGCAAGCCUUCUGGAAAUACUUUUCUCAGCUCGAGCUGCCUACUACCUACUUACUCAAGAUAGAAGCAAACGUAUUGCACAAAGGCUGUUCCUCCUCAAACUGCAGAUCCGAGAAGGCCCAAUAGAGCUAGGAUGUUUUCAGCCACUUGUCGGCCUUAUCAUCGCAGAAUCGCCCGACAGCAACAUCUGGGCAGCUGUUAUUGACCUUAUCGAUACUCUCGAUUCUUCUACUCUCCCCGUUUCUACCAGUACCGUCCCAACAAUCGAGGGAACACCAGUUAAGGCUUUCUCCAGUCGUCUUUCCCAUAGCAAGACGCAUGAUAUUAUAGAACGAGAGCUAUUCAACGAGAUCAAGGACUGCACCUUCCGCAACGGCAUAAAAAAAAUGCUCGAUGGGGUCAUGUCAAUGCACGACGGCAAGAAAUGGAUAAACUUCCCGGCUUCUCACAACAAAAAGCUCAUCUGGGAGUGGCUUCGCUCUAUAGAAGAUCUCGCCCUUACCGACGCCCCAUACAAACUCCAUACGUCCAAUACUGCCAAUCGGUUUAAAGAACGAAUAGGCCAGAUGGAUAUAUUCUUUCAGGCUCCAUCCAAAAGGGCGAACGGGAGCUUCAAGUACGACAGGGUCCUUGUUGUCGGAAAGCAAGAGAGGUCGAAUAAUACAAGCAAGUUCAAAUCGACAAUUCUCCAACUCGCACGCUACAUACGAGGCGUCUUUACCGACCAGCCUACGCGUCGGUUCGUCCAUGCAUUUUCUAUCUGCGCUUCUACGAUGGAACUCUGGGUAUUCGAUCGGUCUGGACCGUACAGCUCGGGCCCCUUCAAUAUUCACCGCAAGCCGGACAUGUUCGCAAGAGCUCUUGUCGGGUAUGCUACAAUGAAUGAUGAUGAGAUGGGCCUCGAUACGUUUAUCAAGCGAGAGGAUAAGCAUCGUUAUAUUACACUAGAGGAUGCAAGCGGUAACGAAUUGAGGACUAGGCUAGAGAAGCUACUAGUCAAGCAGCAUGCCAUCGUCUGUCGCGGAACAACUUGCUUCAAGGCCGGAACGAGGAAUGUCGCAAAAUUCUCGUGGGUAUCGGACAAGCAGAUACCCGAGGCAACACAGCUAGAACUGGCGGAAGAGAGGGGUGUCAAGGGGGUAGCGAGAGUGGUUGCUCAUCGUCGCAUCACUACUAUUGCAGACAUGCGCAAGGGCAUGCAUUUUCCAGAACGCCACCGAUUCCGGAAUGAAAGCAUGAAGUCGUCGAGAAAGGAGCCCGAAUUAUCGAUCGAUUAUCAAUCCGAUGCGUCCGGACCCAAGAGGCGGCGUAUCAACCGUCUGGAGUCGAAGCAGCUUGUCCAGCAGUUGUCUACUGCAAAUACUAGGCAGAGCUUGAAUAAUCGCGACAUGGACCUGUGGGAGAAUAGGAUCUUCUCUUGCCUAAUUGUUUCACCAGCCGGCCGUAUUAUCAGCGACUUCAAGACGACUAGGGAACUGCUAGAGUCAAUGCAAGAUGCCAUCAAGGCACAUCAGUCUCUCUAUGUCACCGGUAAUGUUCUCCACCGGGAUAUUUCUUCAAGCAAUAUUAUUAUUACGAACCCUAAGGUGGCGAAUGGAUUUAAGGGUAUGCUUAUUGACCUUGACCUGGCCAAGCUGUGA